GUUUCGUUUUGUGCUUUUCGUUUCGCUAACUCUCGUUCUUGACGUUUGGUUUGUUUCGUCGUCGCAUCAACACGUUUGACGACAAAAUAUUUUUAAGAUGAGUAUUUGAAACUAGUUUAAAAUGAAUUAAUAUUAGAUAAAGAACAAGAACUUAACGCCCUUUAAAAAGCAUUCUUUGUUACCUGUGAAUGUUUACAUAUUACAACAAGUUUACGUGUCACGGACGUGUUCUAUUUUUUUUUGUGUCGACGAGUGAACAAGUUUUCAAAAUUGUGUGUUUCCUGACAUCACAACACUAGUAUUAAGUUUGCAAGACCUUGAUUAUUUAGAUUUUCUUUUGAAAACGUCGUGUGAAGAAACAGGACAAAAGAAGACGCGGUUAUGAUCGACUCGUCGAGAAAUAAUACAAUGAAUCUAUCUCACGCGGGCUCUCACAAGCUGAAUAGUUAGAAAUUAUCGUAAAAAGAGCAAUCGAAGCGAAAAACGGCGGUAAACAAACGAUGUGACGUAACGCCAUCUAGGGGGCGACGGUCGAACUUGUUCAAGUGAAAGUGGUGCGGACCAAGAUGAAGCUCAAUCUAUUUAAACGAUCGAUGAUUUUCGCGACCUUCUUCGGGUCGUGCCUAUGUAUAGCAUUGAUUGUAGCGUCGCUGGGAACUACCCACUGGAUAGACGCGAGGGCUCGAAGGACCUCGAACCCUCUCGAGUCAGAGGGCAGAAUCAGUUUUGGAUUGUUCGAAGGUCACAAGGAGCUCAACUAUGGGUACGGAUGGAGAAACCAUGACUUUAGCGUGAAGGCGGGCACGCACCCGGCGCGGCGCUGGUCGUGGUGCGGCGCGGCGGCGCAGCUGGCGGCCGCGCUGGCGGCGGCGGGCGGCGCCUGCGUACUCGCCGCGCUCGCGUCCGCCGCGCGCUGCCGCUGCUCGCCGCGACCCAUGCUUAUUGCUAAUUCAUUGGCUGUGCUGUUCAUCCUGGGAGCGAUAUCAGUAUGGCUGACAGAGUACUUCCUGAGGCUGCAGCACAACGUCAUGUCCGUUGAAGACCUGGACAACGCGUGGUCUUCAGACGGCAUGGCUGAACUGGGACUGUCUUUCUGGUUGGUAGUGGCAGCGGCUGUGGCUGCAUUCAUCAACGACAUAUGCGUCCUGGUCGCUAUGUCGGACGGCCGCGACGUGGAGACCAUAGCUCCGGCGCUGGAGGAGAAGGUCAACGGGGCGAUCAUGUUGUACUAGCGUUAUAAAUCAAGAGCAGAUACUGACAAAGUUUUGGAAAUGGUACUCAACAGAAUAAACAACAAAGUAUAUUCAACAAACUUGUAACUUUAUAAGACUUCUAUAAGUACAUAUAAGUACAACAAAAAUGUUGACGCUAACGGAAAAUACAAGUGCAAGUGUAAAGUCCAACUUACAAGUUUGUAAGACUUGUAUAAGUGCAUAAUAUUACAAGUACAACAAAAGUAUUAACAGUAACGAAAAAUGAAAGAUUAUCGUAUGAAGUCAAAACAUGCAAUUUUUAUAAACUUGUAUAAGUAUAUAUAAGUAGAACAAAAGUCUUUAUACUAAUACAAAGUGACAGUAUAAGAUUGUGAAGUAAAACUUAGAAUUUGAAGACUAUUUAAAAUUUUUACGACCUAAAAAUGUGUUACAACAACAAUUUGUUCACAUUGUUGAAUAUUAUCAAGUGACAGUACGCAUUCAAAUUUGAUAAUGAUUUACGCAAAACUGGUAGAUCACGUAAGAGCUUGUAUGUUUGUAAGACUUGUAUUGGUAUUAACACAAAAGACUUGUAUAAGUAAAUGUAAAUACAACAAAAGUUAACACUAAGUGUUAAUGUUUGUUGUAAGUAUAUUUUAUAAAGUUUAUACUAGUUUUUUUUUUUUUUGCGAGUCGUGCAUUGUCUGGGGGCCCUGACGUGGUUAAUCCAGCCCUGUUUUUAUAGGGUUGGUAACUUGUGAAAUGGGUCAAGGAAGUUUUUCCUAAUGGAAAAUGAUAGUAUUAAAAAUCACAAUUUUUGUUUUAAAGGCUGGCUUUAUACUAGUACAGGUUUUAUACUUAGGAUAGAACUGUUAUAUGACUAAGAUUGGUGCCCAGGUAGCAAUUAUUCGUCAUUUUGACGUCGAUUUUCAGUCACCGACCAUAAAUUGAUUUAAAACUUAUGGCUUAUUGGAGUCUUGCUACCUGAAUAGUUUGUGAAGCAAGCCUGUAAAGCUAAUCACAGCGGGAAAUGAUAGAAAUAAUAUGCUUUAUUUCAAUAACACAUAGUAUUAUAAAUAAAAGAGAAAUCUCAACUAAAUUAACGUUUUGAAGGCUGAAGUUAGUGUAAGUUAGUUAUAUAAGUAUAACUAAGGUUUCUUAACAUUCACCGCCCAUAAUUUAUUUUUAUUAUUUGUGUAGAGUGUGCGAGAGAUUUUAAAAUAAAAAAAGAAAAAAAACUCAUCUGAGGGCCUACCCUGAAAUGUUUUUCGAAACGGGACCAACAAAUUUGAUGUUAAAAAUACAUGAAACAUAACGUUUAAAAUAUCGUUAAUAUGGACUGUUAUGAUAGGAUUUAUGACGAACGAAAUGUUAAACUCCAUCUACUGGGCUAAUUUUGGUUUGGGAAAAACGCGAAAUUAAGUCAGAAAAUUCGGAUUUUCAUUUCAUGGUAGAUUCUCCUGUUCUUCAAAUUUCAAAAGCAAUAAGUUGGCUAAAUCUUUAUCAUAUUGUCUUGCACAAAGUAUUUUUUUUUAUUCUAAUUUUUAUUGAGGCUUCAGUAUACCUACCCUAGGUAUACUACUGUGCCAGCCUCAUAGGGAAUGUCUGAAUUUUUUUUUUUUAUGCAACUUAGAAUGACAAACAAGCUGACGGCCCACCUGAUGGAAAGUGGUAACCGUCGCCUAUAGACAUGAGCAGUACCAUGGACAUAGCAGACUAUACUGUUUCACCCAUGAUACCCCCCAUGCGUUGCCAUUCCUGAGGACUCAGGUGUUAUUCCUCUGUACCCAGUAAAUUCACGCCAUAUCCCACCUUCAAACCGAAACACAGUCAUGCAAACACAACUGCUUCACGGUUGAAACACGAAUGAAAACUGAAUAUUAGAUUUGUCGUGUAAAUUUUUCAGGGACACCUUUACCCACAGAUAUAGGCGUUUGGCAUUACGACUGCCAGAUUGACGUAUGAAAUAUUAAAAAAAAUACUUUGUAAUCUUUAGGCAUUACUUUAUUUUAUUUUUGAAAAUUGACAAAUAAUUCAAAUGUUAUCUUGUUUUUUUACGAACAUUCUUAAGCGCUUAUAUACAAGUGUACAUUUUGUAGCUAUAUUUCAGUUUAUUGUUGGUUUCACGCGUGAUUUAUGUUUCACAUAUAAAAUAGAUUAUGGGCACUGUGAAGUAUAUUGGUAUUUUAACUGAAAUGUAAAUGUUUCCGUCCAAUUUAUAUAUAUUUUUAUAUAAACCUUAUAUUAGUCGUAAGCUGAGUUUGUAUACGUACUUGUAAUUUUUUUUUAUAUCACUGACAUCACAGUAGGUAUGGGUAAUAAAUAUAUAUAUAUAUAUAUAUAUAUACUGGUCCAAUUAAGAAUAUGUCAAGUCUGUUAUCCAACAAAUAAUAUUGGAUAACAAACUUUUAACUUAUUCGAAAAUAGAUAUCCGACCGAUAUGGGCGAUAUCGAAAUGGAUGAUGACCUUUUUCUGUCAUUAAUGUCCAGAAAACCCAAUACAUAGAUAUCGGCUCAAUAUCCAUAUUACCCCUGCCUACUAUAUACAUCACAGAGUAAAUAUAAUUAUUAUUGACAUUCCAAAAAUGUUGCCAGAUUUUGCUCGGAAAUGGCUAAAGUGGCAAUAGUUUUGUUGUUGUGGCAACCCUUAUGUAGUCCACAUCAAGAUUCGAUUUUUAAAUGUGAACGUUUCGUUUUUCGUAAACAUUAUUAAUAACGAAUCGUGAACGGACCCAAGUAUUGAAUGUAGAAUAGCAGUAAUUUGUCUUAUGUACCUUAAAUUAUGAUAUAUUUUCCGUCCAAUGUUACGUAUUUACCGUCCAAAGUUUAUUAUAGAUAUAUUCAGCACAUCACGUUGUAACUUAGUCGUGCCAUUAGAGUAAGAUUGUAUUUUUUUUUCAAAUUAUAUUUAAGCUCUAUUUUAUUUUCUCUUUUGUGACAUAAUUUUCUGAAAUAUAAUUUUAUUAAUAUUA